AUGAGUCGUUCCGCGUCCAGGAAGGCUGGUCAAUCCGAUUCUUCAACUCCGAUUACUUCUUCCGCCGGCGGUCUUUUCCGUUCCGCCACGGGUAAAGCAUCUUCAAAAGAGAUGGAGCGGAUUGAUAAUGUGUUUUACUCAUAUGCAAACAAGUCUUCGGGUCUUAUUGACCCAGAGGGAAUUGAAGCUCUAUGUUCAGAUUUGGAGGUGGAUCAUACAGAUGUCAGAAUCUUAAUGCUAGCCUGGAAAAUGAAAGCUGAAAAACAGGGGUACUUUACACUGGAAGAGUGGCGAAGAGGCCUUAAAGCACUGCGGGCUGAUAAUGUACAUAAAUUGAAGAAGGCCCUCCCAGAGCUCGAGAAAGAGGUUAAAAGGCCAACAAACUUUGUGGAUUUCUAUUCUUAUGCCUUCCAGUAUUGUCUAACGGAGGAAAAACAGAAAAGCAUAGACAUCGAAAGCAUCUGCCAAUUACUUGAUCUUGCUUUGGGAUUUCAGUUUCGUGCUCAGGUUGAUUACUUCAUCGACUAUCUCAAGAUUCAAAGCGACUAUAAGGUCAUUAACCUGGACCAGUGGAUGGGGUUCUACCGUUUUUGCAACGAGAUAAGUUUCCCAGACCUUAGCAACUACGAUCCAGAACUCGCGUGGCCUUUAAUCCUCGACAAUUUUGUAGAAUGGUUGCGAGCAAAACAGACCUAG